AAGAGCCCAGGGGUAUACUGCAGUCAUAAUACCUUAUGAGUACGUCUCAUUGAAUAUAGUAGGAUUUACUUCUGAGUAAACAUGGAGAGGAAUAAUAAAUAAAUAAGGCGAACAGGAGCUUCGAAUUGCCGUUUGUAUGAGGAGGGUCGACACGGAGCGUGCUUAAUGUUACAACCGAGAAAGAAAGCUCGUGAGCGGAGAGGAACCCUUUACCCGCGCCUCCAAGAGCAGCAGGAGAGACGGCGGCCCGCUCUCGCUCGACGCAGCAGAACGGCUGAUUUCCGAGGCGGCGCUUUGAAAAGGCAGCCGGGGCAGAGAGACGGGGUGGAACCACCGGGCCGAGUUGACGUCACCACCAGGCCCGCAGCUUGGUGAAAAGGAGACCGUGGAAGGGCGCGAAAAAUUAGGGAGUCGCGGCGGAGAAUGUUGUACCCGAGCACGUCCCUGGUAGAGCUCUGAGGAGGCCUCUCUUCUUCUUUCCUUUCCCACCGCGUCACGUGGGAACGGAAUAAUCCUGCGGGUGGCGGGAGUCUGUUGUGGAGCAGAAGUAAAAAGAUCACUGGUGAAGAAUGUGUGGGCGCACAGCUGUAUCUCUGGGAGCAGAUUGUAUCCGCCGUGCCUGUGUAUACCGUGAUAAUCAAGGGAGGAGAAGGCAUCCUGAAUGGAAAAAUGCUGACAAAUAUAGUCCAUCUUACAAUAAGAGCCCACAGUCUAAUAGCCCUGUGCUUCUCUCCCGACAACACUUUGAGAAGGAUGCCAGCUCUUCAGAACGUGUCCUUGUAGCCAUGCGUUGGGGGCUGGUUCCAGCCUGGUUCAAGGAAGCUGACCCAUCUAAAAUGCAGUAUAACACUUCCAAUUGUCGGAAUGAUACCAUGAUGGCGAAACCUUCAUACAAGGAACCUCUUGUACAAGGCAAACGCUGUGUUGUGCUGGCCGAUGGCUACUAUGAAUGGCAACCGCGAAAUGGACAGAAGCAACCCUAUUUCAUUUAUUUCCCCCAGACUGAGGAGGAAACGUUCAACAAACAAGAUGCAACAGAUGAGGAUGAAGAUACAAAAGGCAAGAAAUUACUCACCAUGGCUGGCAUUUUUGAUUGUUGGGAGCCCCUUGAUGGAGGAGAAGCAUUGUACAGCUACACAAUCAUUACAGUAAAUGCUUCAGAAAGUCUAAGCUCCAUCCAUCAUAGAUCUACGUUGUUUAACUUAUUUAGAAUGCCAGCUAUCUUGGAUGGGGAUGAAGCUGUUCGAAAAUGGCUGAAUUUUGCAGAAAUACACACACAAGAAGCACUUAGGCUUAUUCACCCCACAGAAAACCUUGCCUUCUAUCCAGUCUCAACUAUAGUGAACAAUUCCAGAAACAAUACACCAGAAUGCAUUGUACCCAUUGAAUUGAACCUCAAGAAGGAUACCAAAGUUAGUGCAAGCAGCAAAAUGAUGAUGAACUGGUUAAAAAACAAAUCUCACAAGAAAGAAGAUGGCUUACCAAGAUGGUCCAGCCAGUUCAUUCAAACACCACCACCUAAGAAAACCAGUUCAAGCUUAAUGCACCAGUGGCUCAAGAAAGAAGAUGGAGAACCUUCUGCAAAGCAACCCAAAACUAAGUGAUUUGUUAGUCUUUACACUUUAUUCCUAAACAGAUUUAACAGACCCAGCAGAUUAAUCCUUAAUGUCCUUAGACACAAGCUUGCUGCACGCAAGUAGGCAGUUUCUACUGAUUUCAGUCUCUGGUGUGAGAUUUCAAAUAUUCUGGCUAUUCCGUGCCUAGCAUGUGGGCCUUGACAUUUAACACUUCAUUUCUUUUUAUAACAUAUUUCAUUGGAUUUUCCUCAAUUGUUUGCAAAAAUAUAGAUAACAAUAUAAUAGAACAUCAAAACUGCAAAAGAAAAGGGCAUGCAUCGUGUCUCAGAGCUAAUUACAAAUUCAGUUUGAAGAUUUGAAUGAGAGACUACAGGAAUACAAGUUGGGUUACGAUGGCCAAUUAAAAAGAAACCUGGUAUACAUCUGA